CCCCUCUAUAUAUAGACCCAAUAACGUUGUAAAAACCUCAAUUCUCCUUCAUUUUUCACUUAUUAGUAUCUGUGCUGUUCUUCUCAAGUCUUUUAGUUGAUCAACAUGGGUAAAGAGAAGGUUCAUAUCAACAUUGUGGUUAUUGGCCAUGUUGAUUCUGGAAAAUCGACCACCACUGGUCACUUGAUCUACAAGCUAGGUGGUAUCGAUAAGCGUGUCAUUGAGAGGUUUGAGAAAGAAGCUGCUGAGAUGAACAAGAGGUCAUUUAAGUAUGCCUGGGUGCUUGACAAGCUCAAGGCUGAGCGUGAACGUGGUAUCACAAUCGAUAUUGCCUUGUGGAAGUUUGAGACCACAAAGUACUACUGUACUGUUAUUGAUGCUCCUGGUCAUAGGGAUUUCAUCAAGAACAUGAUUACUGGUACCUCUCAAGCUGAUUGUGCUGUCCUGAUUAUCGACUCCACCACUGGUGGUUUUGAAGCUGGUAUCUCUAAGGAUGGACAGACUCGUGAGCAUGCGUUGCUUGCUUUCACCCUUGGUGUUAAGCAAAUGAUUUGCUGCUGCAACAAGAUGGAUGCUACCACACCUAAGUACUCCAAGUCUAGGUACGAUGAAAUCGUGAAGGAAGUGUCUUCCUACCUCAAGAAGGUUGGUUACAACCCUGAGAAGAUACCCUUCGUCCCCAUUUCUGGUUUCGAGGGGGAUAAUAUGAUUGAGAGAUCGACUAACCUGGACUGGUACAAGGGUCCAACCCUUCUUGAGGCUCUUGACCAGAUUAAUGAGCCUAAGAGGCCCUCGGACAAACCCCUGCGUCUCCCACUUCAGGAUGUCUAUAAGAUUGGUGGUAUUGGAACUGUCCCUGUUGGUCGUGUUGAAACUGGUGUCAUCAAGCCUGGUAUGGUUGUGACUUUUGGUCCUACUGGUCUGACUACUGAAGUUAAGUCUGUUGAGAUGCAUCAUGAAGCUCUUCAGGAGGCACUUCCUGGUGACAAUGUUGGUUUCAACGUCAAGAAUGUUGCGGUCAAGGAUCUUAAGCGUGGAUAUGUUGCUUCCAACUCCAAGGAUGACCCAGCUAAGGGGGCUGCCAGCUUUACCUCCCAGGUUAUAAUCAUGAACCAUCCAGGACAGAUUGGGAAUGGAUAUGCCCCAGUGCUGGACUGUCACACCUCCCACAUUGCUGUCAAGUUUGCUGAGAUUUUGACUAAGAUUGACAGGCGUUCUGGUAAGGAACUCGAGAAGGAGCCUAAGUUCUUGAAGAACGGUGACGCUGGUAUGGUUAAGAUGAUUCCUACCAAGCCCAUGGUUGUUGAGACAUUCUCUGAGUACCCACCAUUGGGACGUUUUGCUGUGAGGGACAUGCGUCAAACUGUCGCUGUUGGCGUUAUAAAGAGUGUUGACAAGAAGGACCCAUCUGGGGCCAAGGUCACCAAGGCUGCUCAGAAGAAAAAAUGAAUGGUGCAGUUCAACUCUGGAGUUCCCAGAGGCAACAACCUAGUAGGUAGCUGCAAAAACACAAUUUUUGAGUUCUGGGGACAGCUAUCUAUGAAAAUUCUUAAUGACAGUGUAGACAAAUUAGUGUUAUUGUCCCCUAUGUUGCUCGGACUCUCCAAAUAUGCUGCUGGGUGCAUGUCGUGUACUCCAAAAGUAAUACAUUUUUAGAGACCCGACAUGGGUGAGAGCAACAUCGAAUGUACUCCCAUUGUUCCACAUUGUAUAAGCUAUGAAACAAGAAAUCGAACCAAAAGUUGCUGUAAGUAUAGUAUUUAUCUUCAA